AGGGCCCCCUGCAACCUAGUGCCUGACCCUCCCUGGACUCAGGACCAGGAAGGAGUUGACACCCUGGAUGGUCAAGGGAGGCCCUCCCCAUCCAGCCACGUGGCCUGGGCUCCCUCCCUCCCUGCCUCCUUUCUUCCUUUCAUCGAAUUCGACUGGUAUUUGAAGUCACCCAGUAUGUAUCAGGUGGGCACUGUAGGGGAACACAGAUGCACAGGUGUACACAGCAAUCCAGAGGUCCCAAGCCUGACUCCAGGAAACUGGCCUCCCUGGGGAAGCCUCAGUGUCACCCAGAGAAGGUCAGAUACAAGCAAGAGUAUCUGAGGGAGGAAGGGGAAUGAGCCAGGAUGGAGCUGAGCCGGUAGAGCAGGGCCCCCUGCUGCGACAGUGGCAUCCUGAUAGUGAGAUGCUUAGAUGCUGCUGCCCCCUGGUGGCCACCAGUUCCUUGCAACUCUGAGACCACGUGAUUUCUGGGAAAAGGCCCUCCCUGGAGGAGAACCGAAACUUAGGGUGGGGACUGUAGAAAGGGGUGGAGAGAUCAGCCGCCCAGCCAGGAGUUAAGCUGAGGUCGUCUGAGCCCUGCAACAGCCUGGACAGCAACUCAGGAUGGCAUCAGGCAGGGCACGCUGUACCCGAAAACUCCGGAACUGGGUGGUGGAGCAAGUGGAGAGCGGGCAGUUCCCCGGAGUGUGCUGGGAUGAUACAGCUAAGACCAUGUUCCGGAUUCCCUGGAAGCAUGCAGGCAAGCAGGACUUCCGAGAGGACCAGGAUGCUGCCUUCUUCAAGGCCUGGGCAAUAUUUAAGGGAAAGUAUAAGGAAGGGGACACAGGAGGCCCCGCUGUCUGGAAGACUCGCCUGCGCUGUGCACUCAACAAGAGUACCGAAUUUGAGGAGGUUCCUAAGAGGGGCUGCAUGGAUGUUGCUGAGCCCUACAAGGUGUAUCGGCUGCUGCCACCAGGAACCUUCUCUGGCCAGCCAGGGACUCAGAAAUCACCAUCAAAGCGACAGCACAGUUCUGUGUCCUCUGAGAGGAAGGAGGAAGAGGGUGCCAGGCAGAACUGCACACUCAGUCCCUCUGUACUCCAGGAAUCCCUCAAUAAUGAGGAGGAGGAGGCCAGUGGGGGAGCACUCCAUUCAGACAUCGGGAGCAGCAGCAGCAGCAGCCCUGAGCCACAGGAAGGUACAGACACAACUGAGGCCCCCUUUCAAGGGGAUCAGAGGUCCCUGGAGUUUCUGCUUCCUCCAGAGCCAGACUACUCACUGCUGCUCACCUUCAUCUACAACGGGCGUGUGGUGGGCGAGGCCCAGGUGCAAAGCCUGGAUUGCCGCCUUGUGGCUGAGCCCUCAGGCUCUGAGAGCAGCAUGGAGCAGGUGCUGUUCCCCAAGCCUGGCCCACUGGAGCCCACGCAGCGCCUGCUGAGCCAGCUUGAGAGGGGCAUCCUGGUGGCCAGCAACCCCCGAGGCCUCUUCGUGCAGCGCCUUUGCCCCAUCCCCAUCUCCUGGAAUGCACCCCAGGCUCCACCUGGGCCAGGCCCACAUCUGCUGCCCAGCAACGAGUGUGUGGAGCUCUUCAGAACCGCCUACUUCUGCAGAGAUCCUCCAUGUAGCCUAUGCAUGGCACUCCUGCACUUGUGUGGUGCACAUCCUGUGUGGUCAUAUGCCCAGCCUGGCAGCUACCUGGCAGCUCUCCUCCAGCCAAGACAAUGGAAGAGGUGGUUCAGACUUGGCCAAGUACUUCCAGGGCCUAGGCCCCCCACCGAAGUUCCAAGUAACACUGAAUUUCUGGGAAGAGAGCCGUGGCCCCAGCCAUACUCCACAGAAUCUUAUCACAGUGAAGAUGGAGCAGGCCUUUGCCCGAUACUUGCUGGAGGAGACUCCAGAGCAGCAGGCAGCCAUUCUGUCCCUGGUGUAGAGCGCGGGGUACCCAUCUUCCACCUCACCUCUUUGUUCUUCCUGUCUCCUUUGAAAUAGACUCAUUCUUCACACGA